CGAGCGUUGGUCAUACUUUGCUCCACGCUCUGCACGACUAUGCAUCCUAGGACAGUAACUCGUCUGCGCACUCUUCAGACACGCUCCUACGCUGUUACAUCAACGUGUAGGCCACCCCUCAGCGGGCUCAGUGCUGCUGCUCGUUCUCGCGCCGAGAAGCUCUCGUCGGAGUGGCAAGGCACCAGUGCAACAGGGGAGAAUACCAAGAAUUUCAUCGCCGGCGAGUUCGUCGAGAGCAAGACCCAAAGCUGGAUAGAAGUUGUUGACCCGGCAUCUCAGACACUUCUCACUCGAGUACCAGAGACCGCGAGCUCCGAGUUCGAGCAAGCCGUGACUGCUGCCCAAGAUGCUUUCAAGACAUGGAGCCGAUCCACGGCGCUCACACGUCAACGUUUUGUGAUGGAACUCCAACAUCUUCUGCGAAAACACGAAGACGCCAUAGCCAGCAGCAUCGUUCUUGAACAGGGCAAGACCUACGCAGAUGCGAAAGGCGAUCUUCUGCGUGGCCUGCAGGUGGUUGAGACAGCGACCGGCAUUCCCUCCGCAUUGUUGGGCAAUACCAUCGAAGUGAGCAAGGACAUGGACACUUCUACUCGUCGUUUGCCUCUCGGUGUAUGCGCAAGUAUUGCACCUUUCAACUUCCCUGCCAUGAUUCCUCUGUGGACAAUCCCUAUGGCUAUUGCGACAGGGAACACCCUCAUUGUGAAGCCUUCGGAACGAGACCCAGGGGCGGCCAUGAUUAUUGCUGAGCUUUGUCAGCGUGCUGGUCUACCCGCUGGUGUUCUCAAUAUUGUACAUGGCACGGUUCCCACCGUCAACGCGAUCUGUGACCACCCAAAGAUCAAGGCUAUCAGCUUUGUCGGUGGUGAUAGAGCUGGCCAUCACAUAUACGAGAGAGGCCGCAAGACUGGAAAGCGUGUGCAGGCAAACCUUGGAGCCAAGAACCAUGCCGUGGUUAUGCCAGACGCCAACAAGAAUCAUGCUCUUAACUCUCUCAUUGGCGCGGCCUUCGGAGCUGCUGGUCAGCGAUGCAUGGCCAUCUCUGUUGCCGUUCUUGUUGGCAACUCUCAGCAGUGGAUCCCCGAAUUGGUCGAGCGGGUUAAGAAGCUGAAAGUUAACCAGGGUUUCGAAGGCGGUGCUGAUCUUGGCCCUGUCAUCUCAACCGCCUCCAAGGCUCGCAUUGAGGGCCUUAUUGCAUCUGCCGAAGAGCAGGGUGGCAAGAUUGUCCUGGAUGGCCGUGGUCACCAAGUGCCUGGGUACCCUAACGGUAACUGGGUCGGCCCCACAAUCAUUGAAGCCACGGCCGAUAUGAGAUGCUACAAGGAGGAAAUUUUCGGUCCUGUCCUCGUGGUCAUCCCGGCAGACACGCUCGACGACGCCCUUGCCAUCAUUAACGCCAAUAAGUAUGGAAACGGCACGGCGAUCUUCACGCAGAGCGGCGCAACUGCGCGAAAGUUCGAAGUUGAAGUCGAGGUUGGUCAGGUCGGCAUCAAUGUCCCCAUUCCAGUACCGCUGCCCAUGUUCUCUUGGAGCGGCAACAAAGCAAGUUUCCUCGGUGACAUCCCGUUCUAUGGCAGGAGCGGCAUCGACUUCUACACACAGAACAAGACUACCACGGCGCUCUGGAAGGCAGAGGAUGCUAUCGGCAACGAAGCAUCUGUCGAUAUGCCUACUCAUCAUUAGACCCUCACCCUUUGUAAUUGAUGGCUGUAAAAUACGUCGUUACACCUGGAAUGGAUCUCGGAGAACCUCUAGUUCUCCUUGCCCACAACUUCAUCCAGGAAGGCAUUACUGUACUGCACGCACUGCCUGUACACCUGCUCGAACCCAUCCAUGCCACCAUAGUAUGGAUCCGCAAUGGGUGCGUUGUCGACAUAUGAUCCCCACAAGCGGACCUCUGCAGUCGCGUUCCUGGGCUUCACGCGAUCCAGAGCACGAAGGUUGGCCUCGUCUGAGGCCAGAAUAUGUGUGAAUCUCCUGAAGUCUUCAGUAGACACUUGACGGGCUUCGUGGCUUAUGGGUACACCAUGCUUCUUGCAUACAGCAACAGUCCGCUCAUCUGGCUCCUCGCCGACGUGAUACCCAGCCAUACCCGCCGAUUCGAUAUGGAUGUCGAUCCCUCGUUCUUUGGCGACAUGCUUAAGCACGGCCUCACCCAUGGGCGAACGACAGAUGUUUCCGAGGCAGACAACCAGUGCAGAAGGUGCCAUUGUCGCACAGCGUAGAUUUGAAGAAGUGCAGUACAGAUGAUAG